AUGAAGAACCGGGAACCCGAACCAGGAAUACAGAGCCGGGAAUCUGACCCGGGAAUGCAGAACCGGGAAAGCCGCCCCUCCGCCAGGAGCCCCCCAAAAAGUGACAGUGACAAAGCCGCCGGGAUGUCACCCCCGCACGGAGCGCCGCGGAUCCUGAGUUAUUUGAGAUAUGUUGGGACAGGAUUUGAGGAUUUUGGGGGUCUCAGGGGGGCUGGGGGUGUCAGAGGAUCCUGUAUCCUGAGUUAUUUGAGAUAUGUUGGGACAGGAUUUGAGGAUUUUGGGGGUCUCAGGGGGGCUGGGGGUGUCAGAGGAUCCUGUAUCCUGAGUUAUUUGAGAUAUGUUGGGACAGGAUUUGAGGAUUUUGGGGGUCUCAGGGGGGCUGGGGGUGUCAGAGGAUCCUGUAACAAGGAGAGUGGAGAACCAGAAUCCAAAAUUCCCAGAGAAGAUGAGGAAGAGGAGCCAGUCAAGCACAGGGAGAUCAAGCUGCGGAAUUACGAUCCUGAGGAUGCAGAGCUGAAGAAGAGGAAGCUGCCCCCGGCCAAACCGGCCUCAGUGGAGGACACGGUGAAGGAGCAGCUGGAAGCAGCCAAGCCAGAGCCCAUCAUUGAUGAAGUGGAUUUGGCAAACUUGGCUCCCAGGAAACCUGACUGGGAUUUGAAGAGGGAUGUGUCCAAGAAGCUGGAGAAGCUGGAGAAGAGGACCCAGAGAGCCAUUGCUGAGCUGAUCCGAGAGCGCUUGAAAGGGCAGGAGGAGGAGCUGGCGUCGGCCGUGGGAUCUGCAAAGCAGGAGGGAAGCGACUCAGACUGAGGAGAACCCGUCAGGAACAGGAUCUGGACCUGCCUCACACCCACCCCGCGUCCCUCAGGCCCCUCCCUGUUCAGGACUGCUCAUCCCUUUCCUCAAACUUCCCGAAUCCUGGAGGAGAGGCAGAUCCAAGGAGCCUGGCUGGCUGCUGAGGAACUUCCAUGGAAAACUUUCUGGGAUCGUGGAGGGGGUUGAUGGGAGCAGGACAGACAGCCCCAUUUAGCUGGAACUUCCUUGGAGCAAGAAAAAGUGGGAAAACUCCAGGCUGGGGCUGGAAAGGUCAAUCCAGACUCACUGGGAAAGGAGAUUCCAACAGCCCUUGGAAAAGUAGGAUCAUUUCCCAGGACUGGUGCUCCUGUUCCUGUGCACAGACUCCUUGAGGCUCUGAGUAUUUGGGAAUAUCCAUGGCCAGCCCCAGAAUUCCUAUGGGAAGGGGCUGUGUGCUUUGGGAAUUGUUGGCUGCUCUGCAUCUGGCUGAGUGUCACGAGGGAUUUGCUUUGCUCCUGGAAUUUCCUGACCCUCCAGGAGCGUGUCCCGCUCCCCUUCUUGGGGUUUUUUAUUGUUAAUGGAUCUUUUCCUAAUAAAACAAUCCCAUGUGGGAAAAGUUGUAGCUCGUCCUGCAGAGGAGUGGGAAGAGGAGCAGUGGGAUUAAUACCAUGGAAAUUGGAGUGGGAUUGAGUCCAUGAAAGUUGGAGGAGCAGUGGGAUUGAAUCCAUGGAAAUUUGAGGAGGAGCAGUGGGAUUGAGCCCAUGGAAGUUGGAGAAGCAGUGGGAUUGAGUUCAUGGAAUUUUGAGGAGCAGUGGGAUUGAAUCUGUGGAGGUUGGAGGAGCAGUGGGAUUGAAUCCAUGGUAGUUAGGGGAGCAGUGGGAUUGAAUCCAUGGAAUUUUGAGGAGCAGUGGGAUUGAAUCCAUGGAAGUUGGAGGAGCAGUGGGAUUGAAUCU